GCACGGCGGGCGGCGGAAAUGUGAAAAGAGGCCGACUACAGUGCGCAGGUGUGUGGACGUGCUUUGACUCUCUGGGUAAAGAUGGCGGAGCGCGGUUACAGCUUUUCGUUGACUACGUUCAGCCCAUCUGGUAAACUUGUCCAGAUCGAAUAUGCUUUGGCUGCUGUAGCUGGUGGAGCACCUUCAGUGGGAAUUAAAGCUGCAAAUGGUGUGGUAUUAGCAACGGAGAAGAAACAGAAAUCCAUUCUAUAUGAUGAGCGAAGUGUACACAAAGUGGAACCAAUUACCAAACAUAUAGGCUUGGUAUAUAGUGGCAUGGGUCCAGAUUAUAGAGUGCUUGUGCACAGAGCUCGAAAACUAGCUCAGCAAUAUUACCUUGUUUACCAAGAACCCAUUCCCACAGCUCAGCUGGUUCAGAGAAUAGCUUCUGUGAUGCAAGAAUAUACCCAGUCAGGUGGUGUCCGUCCAUUUGGAGUUUCUUUACUAAUUUGUGGUUGGAAUGAAGGACGACCAUAUUUAUUUCAGUCAGAUCCAUCAGGAGCUUACUUUGCCUGGAAAGCCACAGCAAUGGGAAAGAAUUAUGUGAAUGGGAAAACUUUCCUUGAGAAAAGAUACAAUGAAGAUCUAGAGCUUGAAGAUGCCAUUCAUACAGCCAUAUUAACCCUAAAGGAAAGCUUUGAAGGGCAAAUGACAGAAGAUAACAUAGAAGUUGGAAUCUGCAAUGAAACUGGAUUUAGGAGACUUACUCCAACUGAAGUUAAGGAUUACUUAGCUGCCAUAGCAUAAUAAUGAAGUGACUGAAGAACCUGGAGUUUCAGAUAAUCACUAUACUUAAACAUGUUUAAAGUAUGUUUUGUUUUGCAAACUUUUGCAUACCUAUUUCUACAUGAUUUAAUGGACCGAUGUUUUUAAAUGACACUUGCAAAUCAUAAUAAACUAUUAAAUCUAACUUGCA